CUCAAGCGCUCUCCUUCUCCUCUCGUCAACAAUCCUACUCUCUCUCUCUCUCUCUCUCUUCAUCUCUUCAUCGCCUUCAAAACCCCUCUCCUCUCAUCUCCUCUCAUUCUCGGCCCUCUCUCAUCCCCCCCCCCAUCGACACUCGACGUGCCGCUGGCUUUCAUACCUAGCAUCGUUACCCACUUAUCAUCUCCCUCACCCUCACCACCUCCUCAUGAGUCCCCUUCCUUCUGGCACAAACGGUGUCAUGUCGCCUCAGGCGUCCAUUCAAUACAACCACCGCGUCGUCCUCGCUGGCAACUCGGCUCGCAUCCUCUGCGUCGCCGACAUCCGUGGUGACUACCAUGAGCUCAACCGCCUUAUUCGCGAGCACGAGGCUACCGCGGUGAUUCAUACGGGCGACUUUGGCUUUCUCAACGCCGACUCGCUCGACCGCAUGGGCGACAAGAUCCUCCGUCACCUCCUACAGUACUCACCUCUCAUCCCCCCCAUCACACGCAGCCAGCUCCUUUCCAUCCCGCCACAGGCUGGACGCGCUGCUCUCCUUCAGCAGCUGAACAGCUCGUCGAUCCACUUUCCGCUCUCGCAGUUCCCCCACCUUCUCUCUGGCGCCAUCACCUUUCCCGUCCCGGUGUUCACCGUGUGGGGUCUGAUUGAGGAUGUUCGCAUUGUGGAAAAGUUCCGCACGGGCGAGUACGAGGUCAACAACCUCACCGUGAUUGACGAGGCGUCGUCGGCUUUGAUCGAGACCGCAGGCAUCAAGCUGCGCCUGUUCGGUCUGGGCGGUGCGGUCGCUAUGCACAAGCUCUUUGACAAUGGCGAAGGAUACGCAACCAUUGCUGGAGGGCAGGGGACCAUGUGGACGACGGCGCUGCAGCUGGGCGAGCUACUUGACACAGCCCAGAGGAAUUACGACGCCACCGAGACUCGCAUGCUGGUCACGUCGGCACCGGUGACUCGCACUGGACUGCUGUCGCUGUUGACACUUGGGGUCAAGGCUGAUCUGACCACCUCGGGAGGUCUCCAUUUCCGGUAUCCUGCCUCGCUCAACGACUUUGCAGUCAGCGGCGAUUUCGAUACUUACCGCCGCAAGCUCAUCUCUGCGCGUGACGGCUUCCUCGGUGUCUACGACGUUGUCAAGGACCGUGUGGACAGCGUGCUCAACGAGCAGCAGCAGGUCUUGUUGAAGAGAGUGAUGGGGAUGGUGCAGCGCAUCCCCACGACCGACGACAACUCGUGGACCAACACCUGGCACUGGGUGCUCUCGGACGCACUCUGCGGACACCUUCUUCUGUCGAUUACUGAUGGACGUGUGUCGGCCGAGAUUCGUAGUGCUGGGCUCAACUUUGCUCAUCGCGCGAACCAGGGCUCUGCGCCACCCUCAGCUCCCAUUCCCUCUCUCCCCCCACAACUUGCGCAAUCUGUUCGUCCGCCGACGAUGGCUGAGAAGGCCGGUGUGCCUCCGAAGCCGAUGGCGUCUCCGCUGGCUCCCAAGGCUAUGCCGCCCAAGCCGAUGGCGGGAGCGGCGGGGGCCAAGCCGAUAGCUGGUCUGCUGAAGAAGGGCGACGGCCCUGCUCCUGGCUCGGCUGCUACGGCCAACGCGCUGCCUGCGGGGCCGCCCGUGACGCGCGGGACUCGCGGCGGUCCUGGACUGGGCCCGGUUUCUCCCACUGUUGAUACCAAGUCUGAGAAGACGUUGACAGCUGGCAAGGAUGGUGCACCCAAAUCGGCCAAGACUACGCCCAGCACCACACCUGCGUCCUUGCCAAAGGACAAGGACGUGAAGAAGACGGGCAGCAACGAGGAGAAGGGCGAGAUGGACGGUUCUGAGACGCCGAGGACUGGCACUCACACACCGAAGCGCUUCUCUCUGUACCUCAAGGGUCUGCCGAUUCCGACGUCAGAGGCUGAGAUCAAGGCGUUUUUCAAUGCUGAGGCUGAGAAGAUUACUGCGGUCAAACUGGUGUUUGACCAGUUGAAGCGGCAGAAGAACUUUGCCUAUGUGGAUUUUGCCAACGAGAAUGACCUGCAGGACGUGCUCAAGGCGCACUCGAGUGGAUCUAUUCGCGACUCGCCUAUUACUGUGGAGAUUUCGAACCCGCCUGUGCGCGGGGUGACUGAGCGUGGUGGACGUGGCCGGCGUCGUGCUGGGCGCGGGGGAAGUUCUUCGUCGAAGGACGCUCCGAAGGGCGAUGCGACUCCGCGGGGCGAUGCUUGAGGCUCGAGAAGGGUUAUGAACCUAGAGGGUUGUGCAUUAGAUGGCAUCUGUCAUAUAGUGGAGUAUAUCAUGCACUCAUAAGUUUGUGUGGA